CUGCACAUCCCCUUCCCCACACCACGCCUCGCCUCCACGGCCCUCAAGGCCCUCCAAGUCGACCCCGAACUCUCGCCCCUCGUCCAGCGAACCCUCUCCACACAGACACAGACGCAGACGGGGGAAGACGCACAGGUCCUGCGGGUCGAGUACCGGGCCACGACGAACCGCAUGCUGCGCGUCGCCGUAAACUCCUUCAUGGAGGGCCUCAAGCUCGUCCUAGAGGUCAUGGAGCAGCUGGACGUGGACGUCCUGGCCGCGGAUGGGCAGAAGAGUUUAAUACAGUCUGCGUGA